AUGCUCCCAGAGGAGCGCUCUCGACUUUGGCCUCCAUCCGAGAGCCCAGCGAAGGGCGAGGCCACAAGCUCCCUCCAGCGGCCUCAAAACAAGGAGGUGAUCUCCCGCGAAUUCAACCUGCGCAUGGGUGGCUGGUUUCCAGCUAUGAAAUGGCUGAUCAAGGAGUUCCGGCUUCGCAUUGGUUACGAGACACCCGAUGAGGAGGCUGGCAUUCGCUUCUGGAUCCGACAAUUUUCCCCUGGCGAGCAGAAAGUUGCCGAAGCACCUUCAGAGCCGGCAUCUUGGGUGUGGCCGACUGCGGACGAACCAGUGCUGCCAGCGACAAAGGAGGAGGUGCGUCAAGCUCGCGCCUGGACGCUCGAGCAGGUUGAACGCCAGAUGACCAGCUUCUUUGAGCUAAAGCGGCAACUAUGUCCCAGCACGCCAAUCCUGGUCCCGUUGAAGGAGCUGCGACUGCACUAUGUGAAGACCGGCAGAGCAACUUCGCCAGAGCAAAUGCGCUUGCACCGCAAAGAGGACUUGUCUACUGGCAAGGCUACGGCUACUUUUCGAUCCUUGUCGUCUUCCAGGGCCUGGAUCCCGGCAGGCAGACCGGCGGAGGCAGUGAGGAGCAGGUCGCAUGCCUGUGCAGUGCGAGCGAAGGCACUGUCCCAAGAGACUCGAGCUCGCUUGUACCCCAAGACACCUUCCGCGAAUCGGCAUGUUUCAGCCGGCAGUGAUGCCUUCGUCUCUCGGCUCGUGAACUUGGCGAUUGACUUCAAGGGCGAUGCAGCGAGGGCAUCGGGAGAAGGGCCAAGAUACCUUCGAAGAGGCCAAGUCCGUGAGGAGGUUGACUUCGAGGUGCACGGAUCUCCUGGCCAUUGGCGAGAGGGUGUCAGCCCGGUGCAGGACCUAGACUUGCUGCAGUUCUGGCUGGCCUUGCCGGACAAGGCGCGCCUCGGCGUCCUGAUGAAGCCAGAGCAAGCACAAAGGGUGAUCCAGGAGUGGGUUGCCGGUAAAGGAGCAGCGGAAAGAGUCUCUCGAGCAUUCACUGCGAAGUUCGGCUACGAGACCCGAGAUGUGACAGUUCUGUUCAGAUUUUGGCAGUCCAUGCCCAACAAAGUCCGGGCGGGUCUGCAGGUCCGUGGCUACUCUGAUCACGAGGCCUGGAAGCAUCUUCAAGCGUACGCGCAAGAACGGGCCGAAGAGAAAGCAGUUCCACCGAAGUCACCUAGAGAUGGAAAGAGGAGUCCCUGGCGACCAGCUGGAGAACUUCCGGAGGCCACACAAACACUGACUUUGACAUCUCCAGUGACGACUCCACGAGGCCAAGGCAAGAGGCGAGACAUCAGUGCCCUCGCCCGCUCAAGACCGCGCGUGGACGCGCUGGAUUUCGUCCGAGAAAUUGCAAAGCGCUUCCCGGAGGAUAAGACCUUGAAGCACAUGCUGAAGCAGUGCCUGGAAGGCGAUCCUAGUGCUGCUGCCACAGACACGGACGCCUACAACUUGCUGGUGGACACGACUGUUCUGAAGCAGGCAAGCCGUGACAAGACACCAAAACCAGCUGCAGGACAAUUGGAUGCUCGAUUGAAAUUGAAGGUGCCCCAAGAGGAGGGUUCUUUCCAGACCUGGCUGAGCCAAGACGCAGAUAGGGCUGGGAGGUUUCUCAACUUGCUGCAAGACGCCAGCAAGGUCUCUAGAAAGAUCCGAAGCUACAUGCGCCACCGCGCCAAGCAGUGCUUGGAACGUGGCGCACGGCUUGGUCCAACAGGACCCGUGGUUCCAGCCAGGAAUAGGACAGAGGCAGACCUUCCCGCCUUGUACGUCAUUGAGGACACCUUCGCUCAUCUUUGUCGCAGAUUUGGUGCGAACGAGGUCUACGUUCGUUUUGGCCCGCACUAUCUGUGUCGCACCGUCAACGACUCCAAGGAAACAAAGCCCCUCAUUGAAGAGAUACCUGAUUCAACAUCCGGUGGUGCGGUCGUUGACUGUCCAACUCAAGGCGUCUCCUGUGGGCCCCGCAUUUCUGCCACGGAGCCCGACCAGAAGACUGGGUGGCAUCCAAGCAUCGCAAGCCCCGAGUUCAGCUCCGGGGGAUCCUGGUGGCAGAUGGACCUCGGACGACUCCACAGCUGCACGGGAGUACGGUUGGAAUGGUGCGUGCCCACCAUCAAGAAGGUCAUGUACGCCACCCAUGCCGACUUCCAGUCGGACUUGCUUCUGGCGACUGGUGAUGGCCACCAACUUGUCGUAACUCAGGUGCGCAAUGGAGGCAGAGCCUUCCUGCACGGAGUAAAACCUGGGGACGUCCUACAGCUCAAUGCUGGCGGAAGUACGGAUGCUGCAUUCGUUGGGCUGUCACCUGCGGACGCCAUGGCGAAGAUCGUGAAGGACUUCACGCCGCCACUGACAUUAGUCUUCAAGGGCACAAAGCUCAGCGGCGACAACCGAAGACUGCAGAGUCUGCUGCAGCAGCCACUGAAGGUCAGAGUGCUUGUGAGCAAGAAGCUCGUCGCACCCUCUACAGACGCUCCAGAGGAAUGGGAGCAAGUUCAAGAGCAGGAAGUUACCGCGACCACGCAGCAUCCUUGCAUCGUGCCCAGCAUCUUUGUCGCACGUUGGGUGCAGCUACGUUUCGAAAGCGCAUGGCCCAAACUUGACAACGAGGCCCUCGCCGUGUCCGUGAAAGUGAUGAAGGUCUGGAGGCUAGCGCCGCCGCUCUUCCGGCAGCAGUUUCUGGAAAACCUUCGGCAGGUGGAGAGGCAGGCUGCCAAAGGCCAUGCUCUCGUCCGCCAACCUGACGGAAGGAAAUGGUUCUGGGCAUCUUCAGUCAAACGAGAAAGCUUCAACAUGAUGAUCAACAUGGACAUCGUCCGACGAGUCAAGCGCAGCCACGACAGCGAAGGUGACGAAAUGCUGGCCUUGCAGAUGAUGUGCAUGCGCGACAGGAAGGAAUUCAACAUCCUGCGGUCAGACGAAAUGCUCGCCCUCAGACAGCGCAUCUUUACGAAGGAGGAGGAUGUUCUCGAGUGCACCUUCCAUCCAAGAACUGCCGCCAAUGUGCCAGGCCACGUGUACAAAUUCCGGGAGAGAAUCUCCGAAAGGAUGGAUGCAUCCAAGGUGACUGGCGUUAAGGAUUUUGUGAAGGAACUGGGAGAAGAGUUCAAGGCUCACAAGUACCCCAACUACUGGAAGGUGCAUCGGCGGGCAAUGCUGCAGAAGGCAAAGCGUGACUUCGUCCGAGGCAAUCUCAAGGGUGCGAUGGAGAAGCUUCAACGCCACUUCGGAGUGCAGCAGAUGCUGGAUCGAUUUCGAUGCUAUCACAAGAACUGUGGGCGCAAGUUGGAUCAUCAUGCUGAGAUAUGCAAGUGCGCCGGCUUCUACUGUCACAUCCACAAGCCUCCUCAGGUCCACAACUGUAAGGAGAUGAAGAAGAUCCUGGAAACGAAGGCGAAAGAGGCCAAGGAUCUGGAGAUCAAGUUGAGGGAGGAGGGCGGAGACCCACCACCAGAGGAGAAGUUCGACAACAAGGUGGAAAUCGGACUCCUCCUGGAGGCACAUGAGCUGGCAGAGAGCAUCCAGGCUGCGCUGAAAGAGAAGGACCGGCAAAAGCACUCUUUGGAGCGCUUGGGACAGUCGCUGGCAUCCUUCGGGGCCGUCCGAUUGAUGGAAAGGCCGUUCAAGCGGCGCAUGUGCCCGGAAGCCAUCCAGAAGCGCAGAGCUCGUUCUGCUGAGGACGUCCUCCCCCGCUGGCUGGCAGGAUCGCAAUUCCACACCGAGGCUGCCCGAGAAACUCCCCGAGGCGCCUGCAAGGAAUGCAAGGGGAACUGCAAGUGUCCUAAUGCGCACAGCCCUGCAGAACUUCGCUUCCCAGCGGGCGAGUCCGUGCAGCGGCGGAUGGACUGGGUCAAGAAGGCAGUCAGGCGAGCCGACAUGAAGUUGGAAGCAGCUCCGAACUCGGCAGCAGAGCGAGAACUCGACCAGAAGCGGAAGAAGGAGGAGGAGAAAGUGCCGCCACCUCCGGCUCCUGCAGGCGAGACGCAGCGGCCUCGAGUGGAGGAGCGGUUCAAGAGGGUGCUGCUGAGAAUCCUGGAUGAGAAG